UAUUUAUUGAAUUGCGGUAUUAGGUUGGGGCACAAUAAUGGCGCAUUCACUGUUUGAUGGAAGCAAACAUGAAGACUCGGAUAGUAAUUCAGAGCGUUAUCGGUAUGUUUACUCUGGUCUUGGACUUCGUUCAACCGAAAGUUUAUAUAGGUCUGACGACGGUCUAUCCAGAAUUCCAGUUGAAGCAUCAGAUAUCGAUUCCAAUCCAAGAGGCAUGCCGCAACUAUUUCAUCGGGAAACCUCUGCUGUGGAUAUGCCAGUGUUGCCAGUAGGCUUUUCCGAAAAUGGAGGUCUCAUAUAUUUUAGGCCUCCAUCUUCAUUUGCGCAAAGGUCUACUUCAAAUCGAGAAUACGUUGAACAAUUGUUUGAACAGAACCACUGGUUUUCCUGCAGAGAGAUGUUUCAUGCUGAUUCUUUAGCGCCUUCGCGGCCAGUGACUAGCCAACGUAGAAUCCGCUGUCCAUAUACAAAUACAACAUCAUACACUUCUACAUUAUCGAUAGUAAGUGGUAGCGAUACUGAGGAGAGUGAUUUCGAAGAAAACACAGAGACUGUAUCAGGUUCCUCAAGUCACUUAAUUACUUCAGAGUACAAAAGUGCCACUGGGUCUGAUGCAGAUGAUACUCAGUACUUAUUGCAAAGUGGAUGUAGUACCAAUAAACUAUGUAGAUCAGCGAAUGGUCCUGCUUCGUAUUCACGCGGUCCCCGUAAAAGCAGCAUGACGUCAGCGAGGAAACAGAUUCACAAGAAGGUGUCACACGUUGCUUCUCACUGUUCACAGGGCCAUUCAAAGAACAGCCACGUUGCUCGUAAAACACAACAUAAGCAAGGAAGGUCCGAUAUUUUCCAUCCAACUGUAGAUCGAAGUUUGAAAACCUCAAGAAGAAAAUAUGAUUGUCUGAUAACAUAUGCAUCCGAUGCUACGACCAAGCGUCAACUUGCCGCAAAAUAUUUGAUCGCACGUGGUUAUAAUGUGAUGACUGAUGUAUCUUCAAGCGCAAUCGCAAGCUACUCCACUCUCAAAGAAAAGGAUGUUCUGAAAAAACUAGAAAAAAUAUUUCACAAGUGCGAUUUUGUCUUAUGCUUCUUGUCUGAAGAAUAUAUUUUACGAAUUAUCGGUAAAAAAACAAAACACGACCAGGUGCACAUUCGGUUUUUCGCCAAUCUUAUGGAAGAGGAAUAUAAACAAAAUGGGAAAACAAACAUGAGAUUCCUUCCGAUUCAUAUGGGAAGCAAGUAUUCAAAAAUGAAUAACAUACCAAAGUAUUUAACAUCUUAUCCCGAGAACAAGUGCCGGCAGUUCCAGGAAUUGGUUCGGGAAGCUUUCAUUUGCCAAGAACAGUUGACAUUAGAGUAUUGUCAGGAACAAUUGACGGAAUUGGGAGAGUGAUAUUUAAUACACCGAUAAAAUGAAAUGACAAUUCGGCUGCACGUGAUGCGUACAUGCGUCCUACGUUUAGGUUGACUAGUUUGCUAAAUCACCAUAAACCAAAGUAGGCCGAUUUAUGUUUCAUAGACCUAAUGGUAUGAUGCCAUAUCAAUAUUACAAUAACGUGUCAUGUUUGGUGCUGAAUAGUAUUUUGUAGAACCUUAAAUACUUAUUUGUACAAUGCAAUUGUUGCGCACUGCGUAUCUGUCCCAGUGAUGCUACCAGGAAGAGGGUCUCGAUUUGAAUGACCAAUCAGCAUCGCCGAAAGCUGUCGGUGAUACUUAACGCGUUGCGAUUUUUUAAGCCGGGUGCGUUACAUCAGAUAUUGAACUUUACCUCAGGUAGGCCUACUUGAGUAUUACGUCAAAUAAAAGUUCUACAUUCCAUUCGUCAAGGGAAGUUUUCACUCUUCAUUUUAUUUUCACGUAUUGUUUAUAUAUUUUUUUUGAAUUAAUUUGGAUUUAUGAUGUCAACUAUACGUUACACAAUAAACAAUUAUUUUGAAAGUUCAGGGACUGUAUGUAAAGAAAUCUGCUAUGGCUCAUAAAGAGACAGUUGAUCCAUAGAAUAUUAUAUAAGCCUGUUUGUUCACUCUGUGAAUAGAUUUGUUCAAAGAUCAUAGCAGAUAAUGUGCACUGGUAUUGAUUUUAUGUAAAGUCGGGCAUAUUUGAGUAUGCUCGCGUCAAAUAAAAAGUGCAAAAUUGUAUUCCUCUUGAGAAGUUUUCUUUUUUCAUUUUAUGUUCAUGCACAGUGGUGGCUCCAGAAAUUUUCCAAUGAGGGGUCCGACAUGUCUGACAGCGGAGAGGUCCAAACCAAGAAACUGUCUAGAGCGUCGAUCAGGGUCCAGCAAUAAAAAUUCCUGUGCAUUUUUUCCUUGUGUUUCUAGACCGCAAUAUUGGGAAUUGGAAAAUAACGUUUGGAUAUGAAAAUUAAUAUUUUUCAUCGGACGGAGAUUCAGGCCUGCCGCGCCGCCCCCACCUGCUGGCGCCACCACUGUUCUUGCAUGAAUACGCAUAUGAUGUAAAUAAUAGGGUACAAGCAUUUUAUAUAUAAAAUUUGUGAAUAGAUGCUUAAAGAUCAACAACGUGGCUUCCAUUCUUGUAAGUCACGUGAAAUAUAACUUAGUUAAUAUAAGUUAUAGGCUUGCAGACAGUAGGAUGGUUAAAUAAUGUUCUUUCACUCAUUGUUGAUUACAUUCAUUUCUAUUUCCAAAGUUAGCUAGAUAAUUUGAUUGAUCUUAAAUCUUCAUGCUAAAAAAUUCAGAACCGUAUCUUUUUGGGGGAAGGAGGGUGCGGGGUGUGCAAAAAUGGACCAAUUGGCCGCGUAUGACAACGUACGAUAACGCCCAAAAACGUAUUGAACCCAAAACCCUCAAGGUUCCCAUUCGGUUUGAGAAACCUAAUUAAAAUCCCACUGGCCCAAUUUCAUUAGGGAUUUCGAACUGGACAGGGGGUAAAUUCCGCCCAUAGGGAGGCCGAAUUCACUAACUACAGUAUUUCCGACAGGAAUGGGAAUGUGUACACUGGGUAUUAUAAAAAAUAAUAUUUAUGAUUGAAAAAUAACACUGAAUCCCAAUUCCGACUUUGGUUUCCCUCUACAAUUUUAACAUCGGACAUUAAGGGGAUUUAGCUAAAAAAUAAGAUCUAAUCUUGUAUACUUAAUUACUUGUUUGACGAAUCGUAUGGGAUUUACUCAUUAUCAUUAACCUUGUUACUAAGUAAUUAGGAGACGCAUUAAUUACCGAAAUAGUCACCUUACUGGUAAUUUUCUCUAUUGUGAUGUCUUCCCGUUAGGAAAGUGCAAAUCUUUAGGACGUGUAAACUAAUGAACUUCUGACAUUUAUUAGGCUUUAUUGUUGCCAGGUUCAAGCAGGGAUUUGUUACAAACUGUUUUUUCUGUAAAUUGUCGAUGUGUAAUUUAAAUUCAAUUACGAUGUACAGUGCUUCAGUGGCAUACUGGGCACAAUGAAUACUUCGCUUUAACGAAAUGAUGAAAAAAUAAUGUUUAAUAAGGUUAAAGAAUGUUACUCAAUUAAAUCUUGAAAAUCUUUUCUACUGAAAUAAAUUGUUGCUUUUUUGUUGAA